AAUAGAGAAUUAUAAGAAAUUAACAGCUUCAUUUCCUCCAACUUUAAAGAGACAAUUCCUCUACUUCUGCAUUCUUUGUGAUGGCUUUCUCCAAUAUGAAGCAGUGCCUUCUUCUCUGCACAAUCCUUCUCUCUUCUACAUCUGCUCUUAAAUCUCCUUCCACUUCUUCUUUAAACACCAACAUUUCUUCCAUAACAAAUCUCUGCAACACCACACCAUACCCAGAUGCCUGUCUUGACUCAUUGAAACUCUCUAUAUCAAUAAACAUCGGUCCAGAUAUACUCAAAUUCUUACUCCAAAUCCUCCAAAAUGCAAUUUCAGAAGCUGAAAAACUCAGUAACAUUUUUUCCACUGCAGGAGGCUCGAAGCUUGUUGAAAAACAGAGAGGCACAAUCCAAGAUUGCAAAGAACUUCAUCAAAUUACCUUAAAUUCUUUACAUAAAUCAGUGUCGAUAAUUCGUUCAUCCGACCCAAGAAAACUAGCCGAUGCAAACGCCUAUCUCAGUGCAGCUUUAACCAACAAAAACACAUGCCUAGAAGGCCUUGAUUCUGCGUCUGGUCCUUUGAAGCCAGUUCUGGUGAACUCUGUGGUAAAUACUUACAAACAUGUUAGUAACUCUUUGUCAAUGCUUUCCAAGCAGGUUCCUAACAAAAAGGGAAACAAAAAUCGCCGCCUUUUGGGGUUUCCUAGCUGGUUGUCAGGAAAAGAUCGACGGAUUCUGCAGAGCUCUGGCGAUGAAUAUGACCCGAACGAAGUACUAACGGUGGCUGUAGAUGGAACAGGAGACUUCACUACUAUCACCGACGCCAUAAACUUUGCUCCAAAUAACAGUUAUGAUAGAACAAUCAUCCAUAUAAAACAAGGGGUUUAUGUAGAGAAUGUAGAGAUUCCAAGCUAUAAGACUAAUAUUGUGCUGCUUGGAGAAGAUCGUGAUUUAACAUUGAUUACUGGUAACAGAAGUGUCGACGAUGGAUGGACCACUUUCAGAUCUGCAACUAUUGCCGUUUCUGGGGAUGGAUUUCUAGCUCGAGACUUCUCCAUUGAGAACAGUGCUGGGCCCGAGAAGCAUCAAGCGGUAGCCUUAAGAGUAAAUGCGGAUUUUACAGCAUUCUAUAGAUGUGGCUUCUAUGGCUACCAAGAUACAUUAUAUGUUCAUUCAUUUCGCCAAUUUUAUCGAGAGUGUGACAUCUACGGAACCAUAGACUUCAUCUUUGGUAAUGCUGCAGUGGUCUUCCAGGCGUCAAACAUUGUAUCCAGAAUGCCAAUGCCGAACCAAUUCACAGUCAUUACAGCUCAAUCUAGAGACACCCCGGAUGAAGAUACCGGAAUUUCAAUUCAAAAUUGUUCAAUUCUGGCUACGGAUGAUCUCCACUCAAAUUCGAGCACCGUUAAAAGUUACUUGGGGAGGCCGUGGAGAGUGUAUUCAAGGACUGUGUUUCUCGUAUCCUACAUCGAUGAUCAUAUCGACCCAACUGGGUGGACCAAGUGGUCCGGUGAUGAGGGCUUGGACACAUUGUACUAUGGAGAGUACGAUAACUAUGGUCCUGGUUCAGGAACCGAAAAUCGGGUCACUUGGCCGGGGUUUCAUGUGAUGGACUAUUAUGAAGCGUAUAAUUUCACCGUAUCAGAGUUCAUUUCUAGUCAAGAGUGGCUAGAUUCCACUGCAGUCCCUUAUGAUGAUGGGAUUUAACCAUUGAAAUAUCUUCUGUAAAACCCUUUUCUUCUCACCUUUUAGUUCUGUUGUGAUGGGAAAAAAGUUCCUCAAAGAUAGCUAAGGUAGAUCACACAGACAACAAAAAGUGAAGCCCUAAACCUUUCAAUCUUUGAAAAGUGAGAACAAUGAGAUUUAACUAUGUAGAUGCCCUUAAAGGAAACCUUAAACAAUAAUUUUCAUUACAAGUCUUUUAAAUGUAUUGAGUAUUGUUAUAUAAAUGGGUAACAUAAGCCAACCAUAGCAUGUGGAUGUAUUGGUUUCAUUUA